GGCACACUCCAUUUUGUUUUCUCACGAUACCGAUACCGACACGACGCUUGAGAAUAGUUUUUUUGUACAAAAAAGUCGUAAUUUAUUAGUAUUAAACCGAGCGCCUUGUCUUAUUCAAGUGUUUAAAGCAAAGUUCAUAUAAUGGGUCGUAAAAAGAAGAAGGCCUCCAAACCCUGGUGCUGGUACUGCAAUCGCGAGUUUGACGAUGAGAAAAUUCUCGUGCAGCACCAGAAGGCGAAACACUUCAAGUGUCAUAUAUGCCACAAGAAGCUGUACACGGGUCCGGGCCUCUCCAUACAUUGCAUGCAGGUGCAUAAGGAAACGGUGGAUAAAGUGCCAAACUCGCUGCCCAAUCGCUCCAACAUUGAAAUUGAGAUAUUUGGCAUGGACGGCAUUCCAGCGGAGGAUUUGCGUGAUCAUGAGCGUCAAAAGAAUGGCGGCAAAUCCGACUCGGAUGAUGAUGAGCCGGCUGCCAAGAAGAAAGUUGAAUAUCCCAUGUCUGUGCCGCCGCCCAUGAUGAUGCCACCCAAUAUGAUGCCGCCACAUAUGUUGGGUCAGUAUGGCAUGGGCAUGAUGCAGCAUAUGCCGCCAUUGCCUCCAUACCCGAUGCCAAUGAUGCCGCACAUGAUGCCACCGCGACCCAUAUUCCCAGCAGCAAUGGCAACCACCUCAGCGGCAGCUGCCGCAGCAGCCGUGCAUCAUCAUCAGCAACAACAGCAGCAGCAACAUGCCGCUGCCAUGGCCCAGCAGAAACCCACGUUUCCGGCAUACAGCAACGCCACCAUAAGUGCUCCACCAACCACCAAUAGUGCUGGUGUAGGCGGCGGGGCGGCGUCAAACGCUGCGCCCGCGCUUGCACCCGAUCCACACAAUCAGGGACGCCCGCCAAAUGUGCCCAAUGCGAGCAGCAGUGGCGGGGGCGGUGGCAGUGUUGUAGCCGCUGUUAGCACAAAGAUAAUGCAUCCGGCGGAGGAUGCCAGCCUGGAGGAGUUGCGCGCACGACUGCCCAAGUAUCAGGCGCGCGUAGCUGCCGGAUUGGUUGCAGCCGCUGCAGCGCCCAAAAACAGUCCAACCAUGAAUAACAAUGGUAGUGGUGUUGCUGGUAUUGUUGGGAUUAGUGGCAUCGGUGGUGGAAGCGGAGGCAGCGCUGCCUCAUCAAUGCCUUCAACGCCGCCACCGCCCUCACUGUCCGGCAUAUCGCCAACGGGCAGCUCUGCCGCCGCGAACGCAAUCGCUGUCAGCACGGCCAUCUCCAAGGCACAGGAAACCGCCGCUCUGGUGGCCGUGGCGCAGGCGCACGCGCACGCACAGGCUGCUCAGGUGGCACAGGUACAGGCCGCGCACGCGCACCACAUGCAGGCCCAGGUGCAGGCGGCUCAGGUGGCUCAAGCCGUCGCUCAGCAGCAGCAGGCACAGCAACAGCACCAUCAGCAGCAACAACAGCAACACCAGCAACAACAGCAACACCAACAGCAGCAGCAGCAGCAACAACAACAACAACAGGCGGCCCAACAACAGCAGCAGCAACAGGUCAAGCAACUGGAAGAUCUCAAUCGUGCUGUGAUGCUGCAACAACUCCAGGCGGUGCGUCAAUCAGGCAAUCCUGGCGCAGCUGCAGCGGCGGCUGCUGCCGCUGCCGCGGGGCUGGGCAUGAUGCCAUUGCCCGGUCAUGUGCAGUUAAUGCAGCCCAUGCUGCGACCCGGAACUGUAGCCAUUGGACCUCACGGCGCCCUGAUAGGUGGCAACAUGCUGCGUCCUGGUCCGCUGCCCGGCAUGCCAGCAGGUUUGCUGCCCAUGCAGGCAAUUGGAUAUCCCGGCUUGCCUGCUGGCGCGAUGCCUAUGCCGGGCAUGAGCGUAAUGCUGCCAGGACAUCCGAAUAUGUUGCAGAUGAUGCAGCCGCGUUUCAGAUGAUGCCUGCCCGCUGCUGCGCCCGGACUCUUGCAGGCGCCAACGCAGACACAUCCACAGCAUGUGCGUUUUCAGCGGGCCGGAUUGCCGGCGCUGCAUCCGCAGGCUCAAGCGCAGGCAUCGCUGGUGGGUUUGCCGCUGCCGUUGCUGUUCCAUGAUUGAGAGGAGUGGCCGCUGCAGAUUAACAAAAACCACAACAACUAGUGCAAAGAAAAAGCAAUCACAACAACUGCAAGCAAGUUUUCAUACUCAAGCUACGCAAUUCCAAAAGCUCUUUUUUAAAUGUAUAACAGUUUUGAGAUACGUACACACACACACACACACACACGUCACACAGUCACAGGUUGCACCCACACAUACACACUGACACACACACACAGAUACACUAACAGCAAUAUGCGUAGUAAUACUUUUUAUAUGUACGAGUAUCUCCUAGUUGAUGCACCCAAACUUUGCUUUUCGUAAUUGACCAAAUUCUUAACUUUUCUACUCUAUAUAUUUUUUUUUUUUAACAUCAAUUGGUUAACUGGUAUGUGCACUCUCUGCCUUCUUGCAUAACAACAUACUACAUAUUUGUCAAAACACUAAUCAACACUGUAACAAUUAAACAACACUACGCUGUGUACGAGUGCGAAGUGAAUCGCAUUGCAUCGCAUCGCUUCUCAUCUGGCGCUCUCUUUGCUGGCACGCGGUUCUCUUUGCUGUACUGUUGCUGUAGUUCUUACUCUCUUUCGCUCAUAUAACUCUCUCUAUCUCUAUCUCUCUAGUUAUAUUUGUAACCGUAUUUGUACAAUACCAGCAAAUUACAUAAUACUUAUUUACUAAAAUAAUACCAUAAAUAAUGUAUAUUUGUUUACAUUCUUUUCAUUAUUUUUUCUAUAUAAAUAUUUUUUUAGUUACAUUUAGUGCUCUGGGGCUCAAGCAUUCGUACGCCCCGUCUAAUUUAUAGCCUAUAACAAAAGAAAACACGUAUGUACACGUUGUUAUACUCGCUCACUCACUCUCUCUCUCUCUCUCCUUUUUGCCAUGUCUUUAUUCUCAGAUAGAAACGAAACCGUACGCUCCCCCCGGGUAAGAAUCGGGCAAUUAUUUAAAUACAUUAUAGCAAUACAUAUAUUGUAAUAUUGUGUGCGAAUUUGUAUUGUCUGUGCGUAGCUUUUUAUUUUAGUUAAUUGUCCAAUGUGCGAUGCUCCACAACUGUUAUACAUACUGUUAUACAAUAUGAAUAUAUGUAACCCAUAACUGCAUUUAUGUGCCCCCUUUCCUCCCCGCCCUGUGACAUAAAAACCAAAAGAUAAAAAAAAACCGUCGUCUCUCAUCCACUCGUUACUCGUUACCCGUUAUCCGUUACUCGUUACUCGUACUCGUUAGCCGCUGACAAAACUACUCGUAAGUUAUGUACAAAUUUUUAUUCAACAACAAAAAAAAAGUAUUUGUUUUUCGUUUUGAACACACUUUGUUUCGUUUUGGUCAGCAUCAAUGCGAUGCGCGCAGCCCACAAUCAGGUAUCUACAUCAUUUUCUUUUAUUAAUCAUUUAAACAUAAUAUCCUAAAUAAUUUGUCUUGGUUAUGGUAUCGUACUAAUCUAAAUCAAAAUCAAAAUCCAUUCAAAAAUCAAUAGUUAUUAAAAUAGUUCUUUCAACGUUUCCAGUUAAAUACCGCACAUUGUUAGUAAGUACAUUCAUUAUAGUUUACUAUUUGUUUCGAUCUAUAUAUCUAGCAAUCCAUAGUUAGUUCCUUCGUUAAUGUAGUGCUCUUCCAUUGGUUCACAGACUCCAUAACUUUAGCUUCCUAGGCAACAAAAGUUUAACACAAUCAGGCUGAGGCUUUAUUAGUGGCUAUUACUCAAGUCCACAUCUAUAACUACGUAUAAUUAGAUAUUUAGCUGCUAAGUUGUUCACUCAAUUCAUUGUUUUUCUAUUGUAGCUUGAAAAUCAAAGGGUGUAGUACACUAUAUAUAUAUAUAAAUUGAGUUCUGGCAUGAUUCCAGAAUCGGUCUGAACAGAAUACUCUUUCCCAGUGUUAGCCUAGGCUAGUCAAAUAUUAGCAUACACCGCCCCCAAACGUCCCUAACUAUCAAACACCAUACCACACUAACUUGUAUUUAUAACUCAUAUAUCCUAUAUCGUAUACCUAUAUAUCUCCAUAUAUAUAUAUAUAUGUAACUAUAACCAUAUAGCAUAAGCGUAAGCAAUGACAAGUGAAAAAACUGCCACUUUUGACGGUUUUGUACCGUUAGUUUGGCCAGUUUAGCGCAAAAUUGAUGUUGGACUCUCGGGUCUGGCAUUUUCGCCGCAUCGCUUACCGAUGCCCCGCCCCUUCCCCUGAUCCAGUGGGCUGGUGGUGUUAUGCGAUGUUAGAACGGCGUGCUUCAGACGAGUGUACCUCAAUGCGGGACAGACAGAAGUCGGUAAUUAAUUGGUGGCUACUUACACACACACACACACACACACACGCACACGCACAUACUCAUAACUACUAGUUAAGUACUUGACAAGAACUAUCGUAUCUUUAAUAUGAACGCAUCUGUAAAUAUGUUUUUGAUGGCCGCGUUUUGUAAUUGUUUUUUCGUAAAACUAUACUUAAUGGAUUUUUCAUAAUAUCCAAAUCUAUUUAUUCUUAUUUCGAUAUAUUGGUGACGGUCAAAGUUUGAUUAUUUAGCUGAAUUAGUUUAUUAUUAUACUCUUGCAGAGAUUGAUCAUAAAAUAAAGCAAUCGUAUAUAUAAAUAUUAA